AUGUCAAGGGUUUUGUCGACGACUCCCGAACCGAUAGAAGAACCUACUCACGUUACUUUUCUUCUCCCUUCCAAAAAAACUUCUUCUUCUUCUAGCAGAGCCUCUUCCUUAAUAUCGGUUUCUUCAACUAGUUUUUCUUUAAAACAACCAGGUUAUCAUGCACUGUAUCAACCCUCAUGGCGUGAACAAUUGGCUGUCGAACUUGAUAGUUCAGAAAUUGGCAGCAUAUGGAAACUCGUGGACGCUUUCCUCAAUAUUUUACUUUGUCUGAUUUAUAUUGCUCAUACUGGUUAUAUGAAGGAGCCUUCAUUACCAACGUUUAACGUGUUUUUUGAAAUUGUGGUGGCCAUCCUAUUAGUUAUGGAAUAUGUUCCAAAGUUUUAUAUAUAUGAAUUCGAGUCAUGGAAAUCAUUGAUUACCAAAGUUUCACCUAUCCUUACAGUUUUGACCGUUUAUCCCGUGUUUGCAAUUGCAAUGGAUCCGGUUUUUAAAGAAACCCGUUAUAUUGUCUUUUUUUAUCCUUUUCGUUUUAUUCGAUGUUAUUUAUCCGUGCGUGAUUGUCUAGUAAGGAGUGAAAAAUCAGUUUUAAAACUUGGCCAAGUUACUAGCAAGACUUUGAUCUUUUUUUCAACGGUUUUGUUUCUUAUUUUGGCUGGUUCUUCAUUGUUACAUGGUGUUGAAUAUGCCUACAUGGAUGCUCAAAAUAUUACUUUCUUGGAUGCCGUUUUUUUCACAACUAUUAUGUUGGGUACUGUUGGUUAUCUAAGUGACAUAGUACCUGAUAAUGCUUUUCCAAGAAUUCUUCUUUUGGUGAUAUUUACUACGGGUCUCAUCUUGAUUCCGUAUUCCAUAUCAGAAUUGACCAUGUUGAUACGCUCAAAAUCCAUUUAUGACAAACCAUUCCGUAAAAUUUCACAGCAACCACACGUUAUUAUAAUAGCACCAACUAUAGAACUACCAUCGUUAAGACAUUUUUUGAAAGAGUUUUAUUCUUUAGCUCAUGGAUCCGCAACUUUCAAUACAAAAGUUGUAAUAUUAAAUCCUCUGGAUCCAACCGAUCGCGUCAGAACAUUUUUAUCUGAUCCCGUCUUUGCACAUCGUGUACAAUAUAUUCGUGGAAGUUCUCUUGAUGCACGUAACCUAGAAAAGGUCGAUGCAAAAAAUGCUUGCGCUUAUUUUAUUUUGGCUAAAAAAUAUACUCAACAAAGCGAAAUAAUUGAUGCAGAGAACGUGUUAAAAGCAAUAGCUUUAAGUAAAUUUGAUGAAGGUCCAAGACUUUAUAUUCAAUGUAUUCUUCCAGAAAAUAAAAUUCACUUCGAAAGUUUAAACCCGGAGCAAAUUAUUUGUAUCGAUGAAUUAAAAUUAGCCAUUCUUGCUCAUUCGUGUCUGACCCCUGGAUUUUCCACACUUUUAUAUGGACUUACUACAUCAUUUACCUUUGAGUCAGCGCAUGAAUUAAGACGCGGGACCAGGAAACGACGACGCUCUUCUGUCGGCUUGGAUAGUGACGCUAUCGAGGAUUAUAUUACCGGAUUUUCCCAGUCAAUUUACACUACCACUUUAUCCAAUCAUUUCUCUGGGCAUAAUUUCUUGACAGUUACUGGUGUCGUAUUAUUUGCACUUGGAAUUCCGAAACAACACUCGUUUGGCAAAUUAUCCACUCGCUGGAUGCUCGAUCAAAAUGGCUACGACGUGGAUGGUCCCAAAAACUACACGGUAUUGAUUAAUCCGGAUGAUUAUAUUUUAAAAGGUGAUGAAAUUGGAUUUGUCAUUGCGUUGGAUGGUUCGCUUGCAGAUGGUGUUUCUACUUAUGAAUGGCGUAGUGGACAAAAACAACAUAAGUCCAUACCU